GGCUACCCAUCUAUACCCACUUAUACUCACCUCUCCUCUCCACAUUUAAUACUAUGUCUAGUGCAGCAUUGCAAUUGAUGCAGGAAAUCAUUUACCUUGCUGCAGCCUCUUCAACGGAGAAUAAUAGAAUCAAUAAUACUUCCUGAAAACUCAAUCCUUGUACCGGACAGGACGGCAGUUGCUACAGUUUAUGUAUAUCAACAUCCAAUUCCUCAACAUGAAGAAUAUCAACUCAUCGCCCUCUCUUCUUCUUCAUUCUCCAUAGCAAAUCAUCUUCUCGCUGUUGAGCUGAGCAAUCGCAAUGGCAUCUCCGUGUAAUAUCUCUACUAUUCCCUAUCCAGACUUACCUGGUGCUUCAUUUCUCUCUGGAACAGCAAUACCAGUUCUAAACUAUACCGCCACAGUCGCACCACUCAAUCAAGCCUCCAAUGUCAAUAUCACUUCACUCGACUUCUGUAAUGUAACACUUACAUACACGCAUCCGGGCCAAAAUGAUACCAUCAAUGUCAAAAUCUAUCUACCUUCAUCAUCAUCAUCAUGGAAUGGUCGAUUUAUGGGGACAGGCGGUGGUGGAUUUGAUACCGGAGGCCUUGACGGCUCCAUGAUGACUCCGGUGUCUGAAGGCUAUGUUGCCGCUGGUACAGAUGGUGGUCACUAUGUUGACGGCCCAUCUGCAUUGUAUGCAACUAAUUGGGCUCAGGUAUCACCUGGAAAUGUCAAUCUUUAUUUACUCCAAGAUUUCGCAUCGGUUUCCUUGAAUGAGAUGACGAUGAUUGGGAAGUCGGUUGUAGCUUCCUAUUACGGAAGAAACUCGGAUUACUCAUACUGGAAUGGCUGUUCGACAGGUGGAAGGCAGGGUUACAUGAUGGCUCAACGCUAUCCAGAAGGAUAUGAUGGAAUCUUAGCUGGUGCGCCAGGAAUCAAUUGGGCAAACAUGCUCCCAUCUUUGUAUUGGCCUCAAUUUAUCAUGAACCAAUUAGGAGUCUACCCUAGUUCAUGUGAAAUCGACGCGAUUACCGCUGCUGGAACCCAGGCUUGCGAUGGCCUCGAUGGUGUUACAGACGGUAUCGUGAGUGCACCCGAACUUUGCGCUUUCCAAGCAAACUCCACAGUCGGAAGGAAUGUGAGUUGCUCAGAUGGAAGCAAUCUGAUUAUUUCCUCGGCAGCUGCACAGGUAGCUCAAGCGGCUUGGGAUGGACCUACAACAGAAGACGGUCAGUCGUUGUGGUAUGGCUUUAACCCUUCUACUCCUCUGACCCUCGGCAACGCAAUCACCAUUUGCACAGAUGGGAAUAAGAAUUGCAUACCUUUCCCGGUUCCGUUUAGCGUCGACUGGAUCAAUCUCUUUGUUGUGAAAAACGCAUCGUUUCCUCUUUCAAAUAUCACUCAAAAGGAUUUUGCACGCAUCACCCAUUCAUCUAUCCAACAAUAUGAUUCCAUUAUCGGGACUGCGGAUCCGGAUCUCUCGGCAUUCAAAGAGGCAGGGGGGAAACUUCUUUCGUGGCAUGGGUCGUCGGAUCAAGUUGUUCCUCCGCGUGGAUCGGCGAAGUAUUAUAGGGAGGUCGAGCAGAGAGAUGCGAAUGUGAGGGAUUACUAUCGGUUAUUUGAAGCGCCAGGUGUGCAGCAUUGUUCGGGUGGGAAAGGACCGUAUCCGGUGGAUAUGAUGGGAGCUUUGAUCAAGUGGGUUGAGGAGGGAGUGGCACCUGAUGUGCUGACGGCGAGGACAACGGCAAAGGUAAAUGAAACGGUGAUUGAGAGGAACUUGUGUCAGUAUCCGUUGGUGCAGAAGUAUGUCGGAGGAGAUUCUAAUGUGGCGAGCUCGUUUGUGUGCAGUUUGGAAUUUUGAUGGGUGUUGGAUUGACUUGUGGAGUUGAAGCGGGAGGCGGAGGUGGAGGUGAAAGAAAGCUUUCGACUCGAUGUAAUUAAUUAUCCUCUACUGUAUCUUAGUCUCCAUCGACAAGUUCAUUUCUUUUGCGAUGUGUAUAUGUAUAAAUGUAUAUACUUCCCAAUGUACCAUACGAAAGUUUUCACUCACA